UUAAAACCCUAGCAUAAUAUUUUAGUGACUAGAGUUUGCGACAAUCGUCCUAAGUUGGAUUAUCAGGCCUGUGUAGAAUCACCCGUUUCUUCCGCGUUGCUCGCCUUGUUUGUGACAAUCUCAGAUGUGGUCCUAUCUCACAAGUAUUUUCUCCUCGACGUCAGAACAACCAAGUAAGUCAGUAAAGAUGGCGUCUGGAAACAUCGAACAGCCAGCCCUGGCUAAUCACGAUUCCUCCGUCCUUGACCUUGCCUUCGUCAUGGACUGUACCGGAAGUAUGGGAUCGUAUAUCGAAAAUGCCCGGAGUAACAUCAGGAAGAUUGUGGAGGACAUUGUGGCCAAAGAGAAGAGUGACGUAUGUAUGGCCCUGGUAGAAUACAGAGACCACCCUCCUCAGGACUCAUCGUUUGUUACCCGCCCUCAUGAUUUCACUCCCAAGGUCGGAAAGAUGAAGUCGUGGCUGGAGGAAUGUACGGCCAGUGGUGGAGGCGAUGGCCCCGAGGCUGUUGCUGACGGCCUACACGAUCUCCUGAAGCUGAACUGGAGGGCUGCCGCCACCAAGAUAGCUAUCCUCAUCUCCGACGCCCCUCCCCAUGGACUCGGUGAUGGAGGGGACGGAUUUCCCAACGGAUGUCCGUCCGGGCUGGACCCAAUGGAGAUCACAAGCCAACUGGCAGAGAAGGGCGUCACCCUGUAUGUCGUAGGAUGUGAGCCCAGCAUCUGCCCCCACAAAGACUUCUUCACAGGACUGGCCUAUCUGACCGGAGGUCAGUAUGUGCCACUAGCAGCGGCCAAGUCUCUGACCACUGUCAUCAUCGGAGGUGCCCAGGAAGAGUUGUCACUGGAGCAGUGGAUGGAUGAGGUCAACAGAGAGGUCCAAGCGGAGGUCCAGGCCAAAGGUGCAGACAACUUCGACGAGGAAGUUUUGUCUAAGAGGCUCGCGGACGGUUGGGCGAGUCGAGGCGCCCAGGCCAAACAGCUUCAACGUAACAGUGCAGGGAUGGGAGAGGUGUCCUCACAGGUCAAGGAAAUCUCAAAGAUGAAGAAUCUGUCUGCUUACCGUGCGGCAGCACCUGCUGCACCACAACGAGCACAAGCUCGGGCGUCUUCAGUCCCCAUGUUUGCACCGAUGGCGCCCUCCAUGUCAAGCAUGGACGAUGUUUAUGAAUGUAACUCUGGCGCCAUACAGAUGGAGCAGGCUUCAAGGAUGGUCCAGAAAGCAAAGAUGCGAAACCAGGCGUUGUUCAAGUGAAGUAAAACACAGCCGGACUUUAGAACAACAGCUACGUAUUCGUAUAGCUUGAGAACGGGGUGUUUUCACCACUGCUCAUUGACAAGUAUAUUUACUCUACGUACAUGGCGAAAUACAAAAUCCCCUUGUGGACAAGCACGUGCAAUUACCUUCAAACUGGCGUCGCCAUGUGCCUUGACAUUUUCAACCCGUCCUGUCGUUCUGGUGGGCGAUGUUAAGCACACGAUGCUUUGUACAUACAUACAUGUGUAAAUACCAUGAAUCAGUGUUACUUUUGUAAUGUCAUACAUGUUGUAGACACCAAUAUACAACUACAACUACAAUAUCACGUUGUAGUCUUUGCCUGCAUUGUGACAUAUCUCAGGAACAGAAGUAAAGUCGAUAUUAAAUGUAUGGUGUGUUCUACUCGCGUGCCCUCUAUGGGACAUAUGUACAUCGAUAUGUCAACACAUGUCCGACAAUGGCAGCCAUAUUGAAAAUGACAUUUUUACCCCUUCUUCAUUUCGGCAUUUAUCAUGAUAGACUUGAUAUGAAGUAAGAAUAGGAUAUGUGAAGUAACAUAUUUGUAUUGAAAAACAUUUCAUGGCCUUUUAGCCAUCAAAUACAUCCAUUUAUCACGUUUUUUGCAUUUCCGAUUAUUAUUGUGAAACCUCUGGAUUUAUUAAGCUGAAUUUUCGUGUAUUUGAUCCCAGCAAUGGUGUAUUUGAUUUCACAGAAUUCCGAUCCGAUCUUAAACAUGUCGCUAUAUUGCAUUUGUCAUCUUUACCAUUUCUGGGCGAUGUCUUCGUGUAUUUCUAUGAGGUGUUCAUACUGUUGUUGUUUUAAUUGGAAGCUGUAUUCUUUUAUAAUAUUUUGCAUACUUUUUAUUAACCUUUUAUUAUGAAUUUUAUAUAUAUUUUCAAAUGUUGCAAGGAAAUCAGAGCCUCGUCCUGUCUGUUUCUUUUACGGUAUUUGUUUAUAUAAUAUUGAUGAUACGUUUUACGACAAUGUAAAUAUGAUUCCAUGUCUAAAUAAAUUAUAUAUCAUUCCUCA